CGCAUUCCGCCCGCCCCGUUUAGAAUGGCUUCCCCUGGCUGCUCCGUGUCGACGGAGCAGGAGAGCUUCGGCCUCUCCUCGCGCGACAACCGCGUCACCGGCUUCUCGCGCUACCAGGAGCACCGCGCGACUCGGCGGGCGCACACCAUCGAGCUCGAGCCAACAAUGAGCCAGUUCUCGGUCAUUGAGCGCGAGCUUUCCAACCCGAGGCGGCGGCACGACCACACGCCCAGGCGCCGCUCCCUGCUCCACUCGAUCACGCGCCGGCUGCACGACCCGGUCGACGUCGAGACGAGCGCCGCGCGCGGCGCGCUCGCCCGCGACGUCAACCGGCGCGUGCGCACCGCACUGCUCGGGCAGCGGUACUGGUCGAACCGGUUCGUGGGGCGGGCGGAGGAGGAGUACCAGCUCUUCAUCUCGCAGUACCGGCGGUGCAGCGUCUCCCGCCGCCUCGCCGUCGCAGCCGUCCUCCUCGGCCUGUCGACGGUGUACGACGCUGUCGUCAACCAGCGGCCCGCCUCGUUCGUGGCGCUGCGGACGGCCGCGCCGGUGGCGCUGCUGGUGGUGGGCAGCCUGCUGUGCCGGCUCCGCGCGACGCGCCGCUGGUGGCGCCUCGCCGCCGUCGUCGCCGCCUGCUGCGCGUACGGCUCGGUCCUGUCUGCAGACGCGGUCGAGCCGGACGGCGCGUGGGAGGCGUGCGACAAGGACGCAAACUCGGUGUGGCAGCUGCUGUGGCUGAUCGCGGCGAUGGCGUGCAGCGCCCUCUUCUUCGCCCUCGACCUGCCGCACGUGUGCGCCUGCCUCGCCCUCCAGCUCGCCACGUACCUCGCGGGAAGCCUCGCGCUGCAGGCCCGCUGGUGGAGGAGGGCGGGGCGGGGCGAGUGGCGCUUGCCCUCGCUCGUGCUCGGACCUCCGGCGGGGCUGCAGCUGGGCCGGGACGAGGACGCCUCGUCGCGCAUGGUCGUCGACUGCAUUCUCUCCGCAGGGUUGGCGCUCCUCCUGCUGCUCUGCGCCGCGCGGAUGCGCGACCAGCACGAGCGGCAGUGCUUCAUCAACAGCUACGUCCUCCACGCCCGCGUCUCGAAGCAGCACACGCGCAUCGGCAUGCUGCAGCGCAAGCAUGCGGAGCUGCUCGCCCUCUUCUCCAACCCGCGCGUGCCCGACUCCUCCCCCCUCGUCCUCCGCCCUCUCCACCUCGGCCAGGAGCUCAAGUUCCUGAUGCGCGCGCUGCCGCACGAGCACCUCGCCGUCGAGCCCGCCGCCUCGAUCGGAGACCUCGCGCCAGCGGUGCUAGCUCACAACCCCCGCAUCAUCCUCUUCAGCGGUCACUCCUUCAUGGGCUCGCUCGCCUUCGAGCUCGACGACGGCCGGAUCGACUUGCCGCCCGCCGCCGCCUUCAUCUCGCAGCUCAGCCGCGAGGCGGCGCCGCGGCUGCAGUGCGUCUUCCUCAACGGCUGCCACACGGCGGCGCUCGGCCACAAGCUAGUCGAGGAGAUGCCGUGGCUGUGCGUCAUUUGCUGGUGCUCCAUCACCGAGGACGCCGCCGCGCGCGCCUUCGCCACCGGCUUCUACGACGCGGUGGGCGACUUCAUCUUCAACGAGGAGCAGAUCCGGAUCGAGCUCGCCUACUGGCUCGGCCUCAAGCGCAUGUACGACCAGGGCUUCCGGCUCGGCGACCCCGCCACGUACCUGCACCCGCCCGGCCACCCGCACCACUCCGCGCCGGUCUUCCGCGGCUGCGACGGCUGCUGCCCGCCCGUGCACGGCAACGUCGUGCUGCUCGCCUCGUUCGAGAAGCGGGGAGGGCGGACAGAGGGACAGCGCGCCGCCCAGCCCGAGCGCUCCGCUGGACGGAGCUAG